AUGGGGUUGAUUGAAGAGUAUGGGGCCGCCGGGCCCGAUCGUGAUUUCUCUUCCUUGGUCUUCUCCUCCGCUUCCCCUUCCUUUAACUCCAUCCUCUUUUACGUAUUCAUGGAAAUCGGAUCUUGUAUUAGAGUUCAAAAUGGCAGCUAUCCAACAUCAUACUUAACUCGUGCAAGUUACCUCCAUGAACAAUCUAUUCCAACUCAAAACCGUACUUCAAGUGCUUCAUCUUUUGUGACACUUCCUCGCAAAAAAUCCACAUGCAAAGCAACUUUGAAGGAAGCCAAUAACAACAUUGAAGCUGUAGAAAAGGUAAAUGUGAAGCUUUCUGAGAUGGAGCUCUCAAGUUUAACUGCCAUAAGUCCUUUGGAUGGGCGUUAUCGGAAUUCUGUGAAGGAUUUAGCCCCUUAUUUGAGUGAAUAUGGCCUUAUCUACUAUCGCACCCUGGUUGAGGUGAAGUGGCUGCUAAAGCUCUCACAGAUUCCUCAAGUAUCUGAGGUUCCAAGCUUUAGCAAUGAAGCUCAAACGAAACUGCAAGGACUGAUUGAUGGGUUCAGUGAUGCUGAUGCAAUGCAAGUCAAGAAUAUUGAGAAAAUAACUAAUCAUGAUGUGAAAGCAGUCGAGUAUUUUCUGAAAACAAAGUGUGAAGAAGAUCCAGAGAUUGCUAAGAUGCUUGAGUUUUUUCAUUUUGGGUGUACAUCCGAAGACAUAAACAACCUUGCUCAUGGACUGAUGCUAAAAGAAUCAGUUUCAACAGUCAUUCUUCCUAUCAUGGAUGACUUAAUCAAUGCAAUAUACACCAUGGCAAAAACCUAUGCUUACAUUCCAAUGCUUUCCCGGACUCAUGGACAGCCAGCUUCACCUACAACACUGGGAAAGGAAAUGGUGAUAUUUGGUGAAAGAUUAAGGAGAGAAAGAGAAGAUAUUUGUAGAGUAGAAAUAUUGGGAAAGUUUGCAGGUGCAGUUGGGAACUAUAAUGCACAUGUUGUGGCAUAUCCUGAUGUAAAUUGGCCACGAAUAGCUGAGCAAUUUGUAAACUCUCUUGGAUUAAGCUUUAAUCCACAUGUAACACAGAUUGAAUCUCAUGACUACAUGGCGAAAUUAUUCCAGUCAUUUAUCCGGUUUAAUAACAUCUUGCUUGAUUUUGAUAAAGACAUGUGGGGGUAUAUCUCUGUGGGCUACUUCAAGCAGGUGACUAAGGCUGGUGAAAUAGGGUCAUCCACUAUGCCUCACAAAGUGAACCCCAUAAACUUUGAAAACAGUGAGGGCAAUCUUGGAAUAGGAAAUGCAAUUUUAGACCAUUUAAGCAUGAAGCUGCCUGUUUCCCGUUGGCAGCGUGACCUUACUGAUUCUACUGUUCUGAGAAACAUUGGUGUGGGGUUUGGUUAUUCACUUCUUGCUUACAAAAGUGCAAUAGUGGGAAUCGGAAAGCUUCAGGUGAAUGAAGCAACCUUAAACAAGGACCUGGACAACUCAUGGGAGGUGCUUGCUGAACCAAUACAGACAGUGAUGAGAAGAUAUGGUGUUGAGGAGCCAUAUGAGAAACUGAAGGAACUUACAAGAGGAAGAGCAGUUGAUAAAGAGAGGAUUACAGAAUUUAUAAAUGGGUUGGAAAUACCAGUUGAAGCAAAAACAGAGCUUUUAAAGUUAACCCCUCACAAUUAUGUUGGAGUUGCAGCUCAAUUGGUGGAGGAAGCAUGUUUAAGGGCUAAUAAAUAAUGGACGUGGUGAUGAAUAGCUCCAUUUUAUUUGGUUUGGUUUGUGGUUCGAUAUAAUGAUCCACUCCAUUUUUAGAGAUUUUUGCUGCAAAUGAUUUUUGACUUAUGAAUAAUUGUUGAUGCUUAGGUGUUUUUUGUGAUGAUGAAUGUGAUCAGAAAGAAUAUGAUAAUUAGUUGUAAAACAGGUUGUAGGAGGCACUUUUGGAUGAGAUUAUGAUGAUCGUUUGACA